GCGUAAAAUAAGACACACACACAUACACACAUAGACUGUCACUCACACAUACACACACGUAGUCACGUGUACGUUAAUUACGCGACUAAAACGCGAGCGCGAUAAACAACGCGUCGUCUCGUUGCAGUGUUUGACCCACACACACACGCACACACAACACAUACAGCCACAUGCAUUCACGCACACACAUGCAUACAGCUAAACAGUUACAUUUCGCUUUGCCGCUCGAUCAAUAGACACUCUCUCUCUCUCGCUCUCAAUUUUUGGAGCUUACAAAAUGGCGUCAACGGAGACGCCAACGUCGCGGCCAAGCAACGAUCGCAGCAACAGCAGCAGCAGCAGCAACGUCGCCACCGCUGCCGCUGCGCAAACAGACAGCGAAACGUACGCUACGGAGCAGGCGCAAGCGGCGCAGCGACAGCGCAGUGGCGGCGGCGGCAGCAAUUCGCCUACAUCGCAAAAGGAUAAACCAAAGGCCGUUAGCCCGCCGUUAACAACACCGCCGAGCGCUAGCGGUGCCGCCGAUGUCGACGUCAGCGGCGCUGCCAACGCGGGCAGCUCAUCGCCCAGCUCCAGUGCGACGACGACCACGACGCCGCUACAACAACAACAGCAGCACCAGGCGCUGCCGCAGCAAUUCUGUCUGCGCUGGAACAACUACCAAUCCAAUUUGACCACGAUCUUCGAUCAGCUGUUGCAAAACGAAUCCUUCGUGGACGUAACGCUCGCCUGCGACGGGCGCUCGAUCAAGGCACACAAAAUGGUGCUCUCCGCCUGCUCGCCGUAUUUCCAAACGCUGCUCGCCGAAACGCCCUGCCAGCAUCCAAUUGUCAUAAUGCGGGACGUCAGCUGGUGCGACCUCAAGGCCAUCGUGGAGUUUAUGUAUCGCGGCGAAAUCAACGUAAGUCAAGAUCAAAUCGGUCCGCUGCUGCGCAUUGCCGAGCUGCUAAAAGUGCGCGGCCUCGCCGACGUCACUCAAAUGGAAGAGGUCAAUUCUGCAGUUGCGGCAGCGGCAGCGACCGCCUGCUCGUCGCCCGCUCAGCUGUCGCCCAAAACUCCGGUGGAGCGCGAGUCGAGCGAGGAGCUGCUCUCCUUUAUACAGCCAGAGAAAAAGUUGCGGUCCAGCGACUGGGAUUGCGGCGAGCUGCGUCUUUCGCCACAGCAGCAGCACCACCAGCAGCAGCAGCAGAGCCGCAAUGUGCGCAAGCGUCGCUGGCCCUCGGCCGAUGCCAUAUUCCAAGCGCCUGCGAGUCCAUUGAGCAGUCUGAUCGCCGCUGAGCGACUGGAGCAGGAGCAGAAGGAGCGAGAGAGACAGCGCGAUUGUGGGCUAUUGACGCCGCCGCCCAAGCAACUGGGCGCUGGCAGCGGCAGCUUAACGCCGCGUCGCUUGACGCCCGCGGCGCAAGCACUGGAAACGGCGCUGCAUGGAAUGGAAAUGCCCUCACCUGCAACGACGCCAGCGCCAGCCGCAGUAGCAGCAGCGGCGGCGGCGGCGGCAGCAAGUCGUUGCCCACGCGCGCUGCCCAGUCCACAGCAACAGCAGCAGCAACACCUCCAUCAUCUAUCGCGUUUUCCGCUCGGCUCUGCCGCGGCCAUGGCCGCUGCCGCCAUGGAGCUAAGCGUCGCUGCAGCCGAGCCGCGACUGCCACCACCACCGCCGCACCAUCAUAGCGGACCCUCCAGCUCUGCUUCGCUAGCGGACGAUAUGGAGAUCAAACCCGGCAUAGCGGAGAUGAUACGCGAGGAAGAGCGGGCAAAAAUGAUGGAAAACUCGCACGCUUGGAUGGGCGCCAGUGGCUCAACUUUAGCAGCAGACAGUUAUCAAUAUCAGCUGCAAUCGAUGUGGCAAAAAUGCUGGAACACUAAUCAAAAUUUAAUGCAUCACAUGCGGUUUCGAGAACGCGGACCGCUUAAGUCAUGGCGUCCCGAAACGAUGGCCGAAGCCAUUUUUAGCGUACUAAAGGAAGGACUUUCCCUAUCGCAAGCGGCGCGAAAAUACGAUAUACCCUAUCCGACAUUUGUGCUCUACGCGAAUCGGGUGCACAAUAUGCUCGGUCCCUCGAUCGAUGGAGGACCCGAUUUGCGACCAAAGGGACGGGGCCGACCGCAACGCAUUCUGCUGGGCAUCUGGCCAGAUGAGCAUAUCAAAGGCGUCAUCAAGACGGUCGUAUUUCGCGACACCAAGGACAUGAAGGAAGAUAGCUUAGGCGCGCAUAUGCCACCGUACGGUCGGCAUUCGCCCGUUUUCCCUUUGCAGGACAUGACGCUUAGUUAUCCAGGUCAGCCGGUCGGCGGAGGAGCCGCCAGUCUCAGCGCUCUCGCCUGCCCCAAUGGCAUGGGCAGUGGAGGCGGAGUGGGAGGCGCUGCCAGUGGAGCGGAUCAGCAGAUGUCUCAGGAGCAAAUGUCAGCGGUAGCAGCCGUCGCACAUAAUAUACGCCAGCAGAUGCAAAUGGCCGCCGCAGCGCAGCAUCAGCACGGGGAGGCGGGACCGCAACCGCCCCCACCGGGUCCGCCGGGCCUUUUCAAUUUGCCGCCCCAUUUGACGGGCGGAGCGGGACGGGCAAGCAUAUCGCCAGCAUUGAGCAGCGGCUCAAAUCCAUCGCUGGGAGCACGGCAUGCGCCCUCGCCCUGCGGUCCCGCCGGCCUCCUGCCGAAUCUGCCGCCCAGCAUGGCCGUUGCACUGCACCGAGAUCCGGCAGCUGCUGCUCUACUCAGUCAGCAGCAGCAGCAUCAUCUGCAGCAGCUGCAGCUCCAUCAGCAGCAUCAACAGCAACAACAGCAGCAGCAACAGCAGCAGCAACAACAACACGCUUUACAUCAACAGGCAGCAGCAGCUGCUGCAGCGGCGGCUGCUGCUGCUGCAGUGCAACAUCCCCAUCCACAUCCGCAUUCCCAUCACAUGCAGCCACACAAAUCCGGUUUCGGUGCCAGUUCCAUGCAGCAUCAGCAGCAGCAACAGCAGCACCAGCAACAACAACAGCAUCAGCAGCAGCAGCAGCAGUCGCAGAUGGACAAGUCCAAGUCGAAGAGCAGUCCGCCGCGUUUGCAUUCGCCGCUCGCCGAGUUGGGCUUGGAGCUGGGCUACAAGCGUGACUUUUCGCCCACACGUCUCUUUGCCGAGGACCUGGCCGAGCUGGUGGGCGCCUCCUCCACCUCCACCUCUGCCUCAACCACAGCAGCAGCGACGCCAGCAGCGGGAGGAACACCCGCGGGAGCAGCAAGCGGUGCAGUCGGCGGGGAGAUGUGCGCCAGCAGCAGCAGUAGCAGCUCUAUCAAAGUGGAGCCCAUUACGACCAGCGGCGAGUAGAGUCCAACUGCAGCUUCAACUCUCCCAACUCAACUAAAUCAAUCAAUCAAUCAAA